AUGCCUCGCUCCCGAAUUAAACGCGCGGCCAGAAAACGUUACGCUGACGCGGUGGAAAGCGAUGCAGGACACGAAAGUGGUUGCGAUUCGACAUCAGAAGUGGGAUCGCCUACUCCUACUUCCAAUAGUGAAAAUAAUUUACUGACAAUUUUGGAGUCGCAAAAUCGCCAUUUUUCUGAACUGUUAAAACAAGUGCAAAACUCACAAAGAGACCCAAAAAACUCAAGUGCUGUCGUAUUGCCAAGGUUUGGUCCCGAACGCUCAGGCUCAGACGCUCAAUCCUGGUGCUCAACGGUGGAUUAUGUAUUUUCCGAAAAUCAGCUGGACGGCAGCGCUCUUGUGAUGACCCUCAGCAAGUCGCUGGAAGGGAGCGCGUCCCAUUGGCUAUCUCAGACGUGCUUCCCUGGCAUAACAUGGACUCAGUUCCGAGAAUUGUUUUUGCAACAUUUUGCGGGAACAGAGACAUUAGCUGCAGCGGUUGUGAAUCUGCUACAAGGAUGCCCUACGGAAGGAGAGUGCCUGUCAUUGUACGGAAGCCGAAUGGUUACUUCGCUUAUGGCCAGGUGGAGGUCGCUGAGUGUGGAACAGAUUGCAGUCUCCGUUGCGCUGGCACAUGCAGCUGGAAUUGACAGGCGUUUGAGGCGUUUAGUUUUUGCCACCAAUAUCGACACUCGGAGCGAAUUGCAACAGGAACUUGAAGCUUAUUCGUUUGAUGCUGGACCGAGCCAGCAUUCCAACAAUGCAUCGGCGCCGCCAGGAAAACGAGCUAAGCUCUGUUCUCACAUCAAGUGUCAUAAUUGCGGAGGGGCCGGCCACAAAGGGGCGGAGUGUCGCUCAAAACCAGUGGCAGUUUGUACCCAGCAACCCGGCCAACAGCGCCCUGGUUACAUGGGAGGAAGAGAUCGGUCUUCUGUGACCUGCUACAAGUGCGGAAAAGAUGGACACGUUUCUACUGUGUGUCCUGAUCGUCAGGAGCGUUCGUCAUCUAACGGAACCCAUAUCGUAAAGGAGGUCAGCAUCUGUACUGUCCUUGAGCCCGUUGGAACUGUAUCGCAAUCUGGUGAGUCGUUCCAAUUCUGCUUCGAUUCCGGAGCUGAGUGCUCACUCAUCAAAGAGGCCGCCUCGCAGAGACUAUCCGGAACUGGAAUAGGCAGCGUAGUCAUUUUAAAGGGUAUUGGUGUGUUGAAUGAUUACAUCAAGUAUGACGCUCUGAUUGGUCGAGAUGUUCUGAGCCAGGGAAUCGGCGUGACAAUUACAUCAAAGGCCCUUACUAUGUUUAACGAAAAAUCUAUAUUACCCAUUGAAGUUUCUGAAUGCAAUCCUGACUUGGCUAAUGUUGACACCGACGUGCAUGGAUCUGAUAGAGACCAGUUGUUGUCAAUUUUGCAAGAGUAUUCGGGUUCAUUUAUUGGUGGAAUUCCACAAAGCCGUGUGUCUACAGGACAGCUAGAAAUUCGCUUGAUCGACCAAAAUAAGACGGUUCAAAGACGCCCGUAUAGGUUGAGUGUAGACGAAAAGGCAAAGGUUCGGCAUCUAAUUCAACAGCUGUUAGAAUCAAACAUUAUAAGACCUGGUUAUUCCCCCUUUGCGAGCCCUAUGUUGCUUGUUCGAAAGAAGAAUGGUACAGACCGCCUCUGUGUGGAUUAUAGGGAGCUUAAUGCAAAUGCAGUCUCGGAGAAGUAUCCAUUGCCGCUUAUUUCAGAUCAGAUCGCUGGGCUGAGUGGUGCCAGGUUUUUCAGUUGUAUAGACAUGGCAGGCGGGUUUCACCAGAUCCCAAUUCACCCGAAUUCAAUUGAGCGGACGGCGUUCGUUACCCCAGAAGGCCAAUUCGAAUAUUUAGCUAUGCCAUUCGGACUCAAAAAUGCCCCUGCUGUGUUCCAGGGAGCCAUUAAUCGUGCCUUGGGUGAUCUUACCCACUCAUACGCAAUUGUCUACAUGGAUGACGUAAUGAUGGUUGCACAUACAAAGGAGGAGGCGCUUGAUGGGCUACGAGUAGUAUUGCAAACACUCACUCAAGCAGGAUUUUCUUUUAAUAUUGAAAAAUGCUCGUUUCUUGAGUCUUGUGUAGAGUAUUUGGGUUUUGAAGUUAGAGAAGGUGAGAUUCGACCAAACCCUAGAAAAAUUCAAGCCCUUGUUGGUCUGCCACUUCCGCGGUCCAUCACUCAGUUGAGACAAUUUAUCGGACUCGCCUCGUAUUUUCGCCAAUUUGUACCAAAGUUUUCACAACUGCUCAAACCUCUUUACGCUUUAACUUCGGGGAGCAAACCAUUUGUGUGGGAAUUGGAGCAUGAGCGGGUCCGGCAACGGGUAAUAUCUGUUUUAGCUAAUGAACCUGUUCUCACUAUAUUUGACCCACAAUUUGAUAUCGAGCUUCACACGGAUGCUGGUGCCGAUGGCUGUGGCGCUGUUUUGUUGCACCGAAUUGAAAAGAAGCCUCGAGUUAUCGAAUGUUUUAGCAAGAUGACGUCAUCAGCAGAAUCGCGUUACCAUUCAUACGAACUGGAGACUCUUGCCAAAAUAGAGUUGCGCUUGAUCGCCACAGGUGCUAGUCGUGCCAAUGGCCAAGUGGAGCGAGUUAUGAGUGCUCUCAAAUCCAUGCUAACUGCGGUUGAAACUGGCCAGGGAUCUUGGCAGGAUUCCUUAUGUGAAAUUCAACUGGCUCUUGAUAGCACGCCCAAUAGAGUGGCCAAAGUUAGCCCGUUGGAAAUGCUUAUUGGCAGGGAAGCAAGGCCGUUUGGUCUAACACCUAUCAUAAAUAGUGAAAAUGCUGUCGAUGUGGAAAAAGUUAGAGAAAUGGCAAAGCGUGACAUGGAAAAGAAUGCCAAAAUUGAUAAGGAGGGAUUUGACAGGAAUAAAGCUACUGUUGUGAGACACAAGGUUGGUGACCGUGUCCUACUCAGAAAUGAAGAGCGGCACCAGACCAAACUAGAUCCUAGGUUUGGAGGCCCAUUUUUGGUGUCCGAGGUGCUGCCAGGAGAUAGAUGUAUGCCUGAGAAGGGGAUUACCACAGAAUUGGAAGAUGAAGGCGCAGAAAAGGACGCUGUGAAUCAAGCCAGUGAGGGCUGUGAUGAGGAUCAAGCCAGUGAGGGCUGGGACCUUGAAAUUGAUUAA